AGAUGAGUAAUAUACGCAAAGAUGGACCUUACUCAUGGUUUUACUUAACUGCAACUAGUAUUGUCAGUUUUACAAUUAUUGGUCUUGCUGACUCAAUUGGAGUUAUUGUCGCUGUUUUCAUUGACCACUUAAAUGUGAGCAAUGCAAAAGGAGGUAUGAAUUAGUAGCAAUGCAUAUUUUAUUGUUUCUGGACUAUUCGUGCUAUCUGUAUGGUAGUUAUGGUGUGUAGUUGUACUUAGUUAACUAACAGAUACCUGCUUCAUAGACCCUUGCAAGGAAUCAAGUUAGGGUCUAUGACGUAGGCUAAAGAGAAAACUAGUCAAGAGCUAUUAGGGUUUGAAUAGGUUAGGUUACCUCUUGCACGACAAUAUCCAUUCCAGCAAGCAGAUCAAGUAUAACUACUGUAACUGCGUCUGGUUUGAACUCAUUUAUUGCUGUAAGUUUAUUUAGGCAGCGAUGCAUCAUUAACAUUAUUAUUAAAGGCUCAGUGUCACCUGUUGAGCGAUGUUAUUUAAUUGCUAAAAUUUACUGCUGAGCGCAUAUGCGCACAUGGUCCAGUUUGAAAAAAUUCUUGUAGAAAAUCAAAUAAAAUCAGUAAAUUUUCAACGGGUGAGACUGAGCCUUUAAAUAUAAUUUUACUCAUGCACAGGCCUUAUACCAGGAUAAUACGAAAUACAUGCAUAAUCAUUAGUUUUAGUUAUUUAAGCAGCGAUGGCAUCAUUAACAUUAUUACAUAAUAUACCGCAUUUCCUGUAUUUUGGUAGGUUGGAUAGGCUCAUUGGUUUUCUUCCUAGCACUAGCGUUGUCCCCUAUAGUGGUUUAUAUUCACAGACGUGUUGGAUUUCGCUGGUGUAUGUUCAUCUCGAGCCUUUUGUAUGCUUUCUCGAUAUGUAUCACACCAUUUAUGACCGACAUAAACAUUGUCUUUUUAACCUAUUCGAUUCCAUUUGGGUGUUCGCUAAGCCUUGUCAUUACAUUAUCAGUUAUAACUCAGCGAGAAUAUUUUAGUAAAUAUUUUGGUUUUGCUGUUGGUGUGCGCUUUAGUGCCAACUCCAUAGGGGCAGUGGUGAUAUCUUAUAUUUUACCAAUUAUUUUUGUUGAACUUGGAUAUAAGAUGACAUUUGUGUCUUUGUUGGUUUUUGCCCCGAUAAUUUUAUGCUAUGGUUUUGUUGGUCGUCAUCACGUGCACCAAGAUACAGAAUUAACUGAAAGAAGCGGGAAAUCUGUUAUUAAUCUCUACAAGGAGUUCUUACAAGACAAAUCUUUUACAAUCUCUUUGGUUGCAAUAGCAAUGUAUUUAUUUACUUGUUUAGUUCCAAUGAUUUUUAUGGUAAGUAUGAAAAUUGUUUUGGUAUUAGUUCUUGGCAAUAAGCCCAGGGAGUCCCACACGGAGACGUUAUAACGAUUAGAAGUAUUGCAGCAUGUUUAAUCUUAUUUUAACAGAUUUCCUGUGUAACAGGAAAUAUUCCACCUCGCCAAAGGAAUUUCCUGGGAAAUAUAUGACAGAGAAGGAGGCAAAUUUAUCUGGAACCCCCAUUCGGAAUAAAAAUUAGUCUUCAACGAUUUUGGACAUAUAGAGGCAUACAGAAUUAGAAGCGUCUAACUAAAAACCCACAAUUUUGACACAUUUUAAAAUAAUUUUCCAACCUUGGAAAAAACGGAAUACUCUCAGUGAAUACUGUAUAGUUUAUGUCUUAACUGAAUCUUGCCCGCUCUUGACUUUAAAUAAUUAUACAGUAUGGUAAAAUACAACACUUGCAAGUUCAAACUUAUAUCCGUGUAAAUUAUGAAGGGUCACAGAUUUGAGAUUGCGUGCAGUGGUCUUCAUCUAGAACAAUUAAUAUAGUAGGACAUUUUAUUUUCUCUUGAUAUUUAUCUUGUAGGUUCGUUAUGGUGUCACAUUAGGUUAUCCUUUAUCAAAAGCAAAAUGGUUGUUAAUUAUAAGAGGAUUGACAACUUUUGUAAUAAGAUUGAUAGCUGGACGUUUUGGUGAUUUUGCUCUAAAACAUGGCAAGGUGAAAAUGGUUAUGCAAAUAACGUUUGCAUUGUUUGGUGUAUUGAAUUUCAUGUGUUCUUUUCUUCGUGCUUUUCCUUUGUUACUCGUGUAUAUGGCUUUAAUUGGAAUAGUUGAGGGCGUGUGGUGGAUCACAUACUCUAUCUUGGCAAUGGAGAUUACAGGAGGAUAUUAUUUUGAUGAAGCAUUUUCGUUAUUAAAUCUUGUUGGUGCGCUUUCUGUACUUUUUGGUGUUCCAGUAUCAGGUACAGUUUCCGCUAUAUUGUUUAGUGAAACGAUUUUGAAGAAUACUGAAUUUUGAAGAAUACUGCCAUCUUGACAUAUAGCAUUAAAUGUUCAACUUCGAUGAAGGCAUUCUUGUUUUCGGUCUUCAUAUCAACAUCAACAUCAAAUUUAUUAACUUUUAAUGUCAACAUCAAAUUUAUUAACUUUUAAAUAAUAAUACAAAAAUAAGAAUGGCCCGCAAAUAGCUUAAGCUAGUCUAUGACGGGCAUAUCUUUUACAAAAAUUACAAUACGAAUUUAAUUACGAUUAUGUAAAGUUUGUCACAAACAGACGAACAUGACACUACAAACGGACAUGAAUAUUAAAAAAAGAAAGGAAAAGUAAGUAAUAACGUGCAAUGAAGGUAGUAAGUUUGCACUUAGAAAGUUUACAUGCAGUUAUUCUCUCUUGUUAUAAUUUUCAUCUUUGAAACUAUUGUUGGUAUAUCAAGAUAUGUAUCUUCUUGUUCAAAAAUAUUUAUAAGUAUUUUUUUAUUGAUUUCUUAAACCUAGGUUUUGUCAUCUCCCUAAGAAAAACUGAUAUCUCAUUACACAGUUUUACCCCUGUCCAUGAAAAACCUUUCUCUUGUAUUUGAAGUACUGUUUAAUAAACUCGCAGGAGUGUUUUAUUAGGUUUAAAGCCACGAGCGCGCAGCGCGAGUGGCUUUAGACGUAAUAAAACACGACUACAAAUUCAAUAGAUAUACUGCUUUAUUAGUAUUCUUUAUAUAAACAAUACUAAUGAGGGCACGACUACAAUAGAUACUGCCUUAUUAGUAUUCUUUAUAUAAAGAAUACUAAUUAGGAGUGUUUUAUCAGGUUUAAAGCCACUGCACGAGACAUAUUAUGGUUGACAUGAUUUGCCAAUUAGCUUAUGAAUUAUUAAUGAGUGUUUGAAGUCUUGAUAUUUCAUGAUAGAAAUUAUCAGAUGCAACAGAUCGAGUACUGUGUGUAUGAAUACUAUAGGAAUUUUCCAAAUAAAUUUAGAAUAUUAAUUGGAGCUACUCCGUUAUUUACAUCGUACAUUAAAUUUGACACUUACUGAUAAUAUAAAAGACUUAUUGGCAUUAUGGCGGAAUCAACAAAAAGUCAGUGGUGUAGUCCUGGAAUGUUAACAAGGGGGGCUCUCCAAAAGUGUCCUGAAUUGGCGGGAGGGGGGGGGGGGUACAAUAUGAUAUUUUGGAAAUUCUAAAUUUUGUUGGGGUUUAUUCUAAUAAUUGUGGGACAAACAUUCGACAUUAUUCUUAUUAAAAACAAUUGCCGUUAGUAAUAUAAAAUAUUCUGAGCGUCUCAAAAAGUAAGGAAUUCAAGGUUUCUGUACUACUUUUUGAAGAUGUAAAGCCGGUCGGGUGUACCUCAAGCGAAAACUACUGUACAUUCAGUGGUAUGGUUGGUUAGCGAAAAAAAAAUUACCGGUGAAAAAAUAGGACGCGGUGAACUUCCCUUCCUCCAAGCAAUUUCGCCCAGUGGAUUCAGAAAAUAUGAAAAUUUCUGGCUGGGACUGUGACUUUUAUUCCUGGUCUAAAUUUUUCAUAUUGCUAACAGCCUAAUAUUUAUAAACUGUAUAACAUAUAUUUUGAAAUAUCUUCGGGAAAGCUCUUUAAUAGCAGCUGUAUUAUGCAUAAAAAAUCAACAAAACUGAAGUGAAAAUGCUAGUAUGGAUAGCAGUGCCGUAUGAAGCUCAUUUUUAAUUUGGGAGGGGGGCUGAAAGCGAGGGCCGAAGGCCCGAGGAAAUUUUUAAAUUUAGAAUCUCUGAAAUGCCAUUUCCUGGACUUUGAGGGAAGAUUUGACAGACUGAUUCUGAUGGUCAGAAAACAGCGUUUUAGUAUGUCGAAAUUUACAAUUUAGUAGUACUAAAUGGGCGAAGGCGUAUUUAAUUAACAAUAUAUUGGAUAAGUUGCAGGAAAGAAUGGGUAAUAUCUUCAUUCUUCAGCAGUUUGUCAUGGAUAAUGUAGCCGGUAUAUUAUUUAAAUGAUAAAUUAUGUAAAGGUAUAUUAUUUAAAUGAUAAAGGUCUGCAUGAUUUUGAAAAAAAAAAUGAUUAUCAGCAAAUUAUUGGGACUGCAACCCCCAGCUCCCCCGGUUGCUACGGCCCUGGAUAAAGUUUAAAUCAGACAAAACAGGGCAAUUGGACUUCAACAGCCAAUUUGCUACAGCGCAUGAUUGCAUGAACGCCGCGAUUAAGUAAAGAUCACAAAAAUCGUUAUUGUGUAAAUGAUGACUGAAAAUGAGAUGCGAUUCUAAAGAACGUUCUCGUUUACUGAUAUUUUGUGUGUGUUUUUGACGUUGUUAAGAUUAAUAUGCAAUGUGCAAAAAAUAUAAGGGGGGCUCAGCCCCCCCCCCCCCAAGUCAACAUGAAAUUUUAACAAUGCGGGAUCAGCCCCCCUGAGCCCCCCUCCACUACACCACUGCAAAAAGUGGGAUUGCAUGCUCCCUUCUGUUCUUGAAAAAUAUUAGGCGAAGAACCUGUUUUUGAAGAACUAGGAUCUUUUUCAAAUAUGAUUUGCACGCCUGCCCCCAGAUUACCAAACCAUAAGUUAAAUAUGGAAGAAUCAAAGAUCUGUAGAUAUUCAGAAGGAUAUCAGUUGGUACAAAAUGCUUUAAUUUUGCUAUAAGACCUGCAGCUUUACUAAUUUUUAAUGUUAUCUAAUCAAUGUGCUGUUUCCAAGAGAGGUUAUUGUCAAUUAAAAUACCAAGAUACUUAAUAAAGUUUUUACACUCUAGAUUAGCCUUCUGCUUUGUUUCAUUAUCGAAUAUACAUAUUUUUGGUUGAUAUAACAUUUUCUUCUGAUUCGGCCGAAAUAUAACAAAAUUAGAUUUCUUUAUAUUUAAAGUUAAUUUGUUUGCUGUUAACCGAUCAUAUAGACCAUUCAAUUCGGUAUUUACAGUUUUCUCUAAUUAUUUCAAGUUUUUAUCAGAAUAAAGCAUAUUAGUAUCAUCACCGAAAAGAUAAAAAUUUAACUUAUUUGAGCAAUUUUGUAUGUCAUUUACAUAUAAUAAAAAUAAUAAAGGACCCAAGACAGAUCCUUGAGGAACACCAUGUGUUAUUAUCAUUUCCUUUGAUACAUAUUCUCCAAUCUGUGUUUGCAUUCGAUGUUGUAUAAGUACAUAUAUGAUAUGCAAGAAGAAAUUUAAAUUAGUAAUAAUAUAAAAAGGAUUUUUGUAUUUUAAUUUUCCUGUGCAUGCAUGUAAACUGUGGGAGGAAAAUCAAAGGAACACUUUGGCCUUUUUCUUCCAGUAGACUGCAUGAUGCCAUGGUCUUAUGUGUGAGGGAAAUGAACUUGACUAGCUAAGCAACUGUCCUUUGGAUAAAAGUUAAAUUAAGUCGUAAAGAUAUGGAUGAACGAUUUCUUCGGGUGAAAUAAAUUAAUGACUGAGACCGCAUUUACACUGACGCUACGGGAAAUUUACCGAAGCGUAUAUUGAGUUGUAUUAAUUUGCAUCCAGAGUGUAUGGCAAACCACUCCGUUAUAAUGUAACACAAUACUUGAAGAAACGUGGUGAAUUUUUAACUGAAUGCUAGCCGUAGCGUUGUAGUGUAAACGCGGCCUAAAAAACCAUGUAGGCAAUCUAUAUUGUAGCCACAAUAAUCAGUUUUACACAACAGGACAUCACGCUUUACCAACGUGUCGGGUUUUAAUGUGUUUUCCAAUUAAUUUAUAUACAAUUUACUUAUUAUAUUGUUUAUUUUAGGUUGGAUUUUUGAUCACACUAAUGACUUUCGUUACGUAUUUUACACUGCGUUUGGGAUGUCUUUAUUAGCAGCACUUAUGUUGACUAUAAGCUCACAUGUAAGGGUUGACAAAGAACUUUCAUUGGUAGAAAAGAGUAAACGUCAUGGUAAAGAAGAGGUACCUUGUGAAUUGAUUGCUGACAGGAACAAUUUGAUAUCUGAAAGUGACAUUGAGUCUAUAACAAAACUGGUGUACGAAACAACGGUUUGAAAAGGUGCUCUACAGGGUGUCCAAAAAAAAGUACCCUCUAUAGAAAUUUAUCCUAUUGUUGUUAAGCACGGGAUUUUAUGCGACUGGUAAUUAAAAAUUCAAUUCAAUUGUGUUUACGCACUCUUGUGUUCAGCAUAGUGCUCAGGCAUUCAAAUUACAACAAUAGGAUAAUUUCUAUAGAGGGUACUUUUUUGGGGGACACCCUGUAUGUUUGUUUCCUAUUUCUAACAUAAUAUCAAUGUGUAAUUAUUUGUUAUACAAGGUCUUUUAUUAGGGAUUAGCUUUGAACUCACAGCGCUGCGCGAGGGAUUCAAUAACCUGAACGCGAUCCAAGACAAUGACCAAAACACCGUUGCUCCCCAGUUGUUAUACAUGAAGGUGAAUAAAAAAAUUGCAC